AUGGCCGCGAGUGCCGAGGCCGAGGUGUCCCAGUCCAAGCCUUCUCCUUUGAAAGACCAGGCAGGACCCGUGCAGCCGCGCCCAGCAGGGCUGACGCCAGGCAACCCCGUGCAAGCCGUCGUGGAGGAGGCGGCGUCCCCGUGCGCCUCCUCUCCUCAGGCACCCUCUUCCGCUCCCAACUCGCAUCGCCGCCCAGUUGGUGGACGUAUCGGACGCGUGCACCUGGGUCAACCUGGGCGGCGCGUUCCGGAUGAGGAAGAUGUUGAAGCCAUUCCAGGCGGCUCGCGCGAACUCGGCAUUACCGAGGAUUGGUUUGACGUACCCCCGCUCUUUCCCCCUGUCGACACCACCCAAACCCAUCUAGCCAUCCUUUCUCCCAAUCCCAAAGGUCCACCCAUGCUGUACCAAUGGCCUUUUACCCACAUGACCGACAGCAGUUACGAUGCUGGCUUUGAAUUGCUCAAUUCGAUGAACCACAUUGUGAAGCUCUGCGCUCUUCCUGUGCCCGAUACCUGGGCUGAUGACAUCGUUGCUUGUGCCAAGCCCGGCACAGAGUUUGCUAGCUUGAGCAAGGUUGUCGAGGCCUUCAACGCGGCCAUGCGCGUUUACCAUAAGAGUGUGGGAGAGCAGGCCGAACGGCUAAUCUGUCCCACCGACUUGUGCGAGCACAUCAUGAACAUGACCUACUCGCGUGCCGUCACCGACCCCGCAUUGCUCAACCGGUACAAAGGCUGGACAGCAGAGGUGUAUGGCGAAUUCACUAGCAAAAUGAUAUCCGACGUCAUUGCCAACUCUAAUGUGCAGCCAGACGACACCUUUGUCGAUCUGGGUUCUGGCGUUGGUCAAGUGGUGUUGCAAGUGGCCCUCGAAGGUAGAGCACGAACCAGCUUUGGCAUCGAGAAGCAAGACAUCCCCGCAGAGUAUGCAAAGUGUGGCGCGUAUGAGCUGGUCAAGGAUAAUUUUCUCCAGCCCCAAUACGCCGAACGCAUCACCAACACCAGCGUUGUCUUUCUCAACAACUUUGCAUUUGGCACCAAGGUUAACCAACAGCUUUGCCGCAUGUUCGAAAACUGCCAAGCCGGCACCCGGCUCAUUUCUUCAAUCAGCCUCCGCAAGUCUGAUUUUACCAUCACUGCCCGAACUUUGAAUGAUCUGGGGUGUAUUUUGACGAUGCGGAAGUUAUGCUAUCGAGGCCAGGGCGUAUCAUGGACGGCUCGCCCUUUUUCAUAUUAUGUUCAGACCGUGAACCAUCAGUACCUAGAUCAGUUUUUCAGCAAAGGGGAGCCGGUCCAGGUGCCCUUUGAGAACGAGGUGGGAGAUGACGACGAUGAUGCCAACCCUGAUCGCACGGGUACUAGCCACUCGGGCGCCCCCGUGCGCGAUAAUUCAGACGACGAGGAAGACAACGAUGAGGAAGCGGAGGACCAAAGCGCUGGAGCUGCUGGUCAUCACAAAACCGACGCUGUGGGCAAAGGUCACAGUGGGGCGGAGCGAGAUGGAAAGGCCGCGGCAGGCACGCGACCCGGAAGUACCAAACGCAGCAAAGGGGCCAGUCGACGUCGAGACCGCCAAUCUUCACAACAAUCAUCGGCGCCGCCCAGCAGCUCAUCGGGCAAAGUCGCGGCCGGGGACGACAGCGCCUCUCAACGUCUGGUGCGGACGCUGACCCGUGCUGUGGCUGGGUUGGAACGCCGAUACCCCUCAGGCCGCACACUGCGCGCCGCGCGCCAUCAAUUGCGAGCUCUUCAUCAAGAGCGUAGCGUUUUGCGGCAACAUCGCCGUGAAUAUGAACAGCAACUGCAACAACAUAACCAGACAGUUGCCGCCGCUCUGACACAGCGCCGCCAGCAGCUCAACGAGAGCUUGGGACUUGAUUCUAAAACCGACACCCGGCUUACAGCAGCGGCAGCGGGUUUACUGCACACGUUUGUCUGCCGCGGAGGGCAGAGCGCGACCUCGAGUGCAGCGAAUGCACAACAAAGCGUAGAGCACAUUCGCCUUUGGACCAAGCCUUUGCAGCAGGCUCAGGCUGUACACGAGCGCCUGAUUGCCGCUCUGCGCAUGCAUGGACAAGCCCCAGUGGCAGACGCUCUCCAACGCACGCCAUGGGCCUUGCCUAGGGACCUGUGCGCGAGCAACGAACAUUCGCCGACUCGCGCGACCAACGGUCAUGUUCCCGUGCAAGAAGCCUCAGCGGGAAAAGCUGGGCCGACGGGGCCACACCAGUCUGCAAGACGAUCCAGCGACCAGAAUGGAUCCGCAAGCUCACAAGUGCAGUCUGCGCAAACUCGCGGAUUGGAAGCCACACCCGAUCGAUAUGCUGGCCCCUUAUCUUCAGCCGAGACUUCACCUGCUUCAACAUCAUCCCACUCCGCGGGCAAGCGCGAUUUGAGUGGCCAACGGGAGGCAACAAAUGGCACUGAACACACCUCUCAGGCGCAAAUCGCUGGCAGACGCGAGUCAAGCAGCACAGGAACCAGUCCCACGUCCAGUCUAGCCAAGCUGCUCGGCGCGGAGCCGUCGCACCGGUCUGGGCAUCGGCAGGGACAACAACGACCGAUUGCGCGUGCACGUGAAAUGCGACCACCCGGAGGAGCCCGCCCUGGCUUGAGCUCGAGCUCCAAGCGCCCGUUGAGUAGCAAUGGUGAGCCGGCUCCACAAGUGCCGGAUCCGAAGCGCACCAAGGAUUUGGAAAAUGCGUCUUCAGACAAUGCCCUGGAGCGGAAGCAAAAGUGUCACGGACCCGAAACUUCGAAUUGA